AUGGAUAGACGAUCAGUCUAUGAUCCUCGUGAUAGUACUGUAUUAUCUCAACAAGCCCAACAUAGGUCUGACGAUAUUCCAGAUGGUGACCUAGACGCCGUACUCAUUUCACGGCGUGCGGAUGGUACCUUUUGGAGCUACUUUAACCAAAAUAAUAUGUCCGAGCGUGUACAAAAAAUCCUACACCAAAUAGGAUUUUAUGGAGUUUAUAGAUGCGGACGCCUUCAGUUAAAUCAACACCUCAUCACUGCAUUAGUGGAGAGGUGGCGAUCGGAGACGCACACUUUCCAUUUUCGUGUAGGGGAAGCCACAAUUACCCUACAAGAUGUACAAAUAAUUUGGGCACUCCCAAUAGACGGCGAGCCGGUGACUGGAAUUGAUUUCGACCGCACAACACAACAAUGGCAAGAAUAUUGCCUUACUUACAUAGGCUUUAGCCCGGAUGCAAAUGUGUUGAAGGGCUCGAGAUUACAGACAUCGGCAAUUACAUCUCAUUUGGCGGCGGUCGAAAUUACUUAUAAUACUCCCCAGGCUGUCGUCGUCCAGUACGCACGUGCCGUUGCAUUACUUUUAUUUGGGGGAUUGAUGUGCCCAGAUUCCUCAGGUAACUAUGUCUCAUUACUAUAUCUUUCAAAAUUAGAAGAUAUAGAAACCGCGAGGAACUACAGUUGGGGGAGUGCUGUGCUGGCAUUUUUAUAUCGCGAAUUGUGCAAUGCCAGCACAAAAGGCAAAGCGGCAAUUGGUGGAGCGCUGCAAUUGCUACAGAUUUGGGCGUGGUCACGGAUUACGCCACUUUGUCCUGGACUUGGUGCCCAACGACUAUUUAUGGGCCAAGUGCAAAUGGACAAUAAUCGCUGGCUCCCAGCAGCACCAUAUGGUGCUACUUGGAAUUGUAAGCACACUUUCACCAUUACAGUUCGGGGAACUGUACGAGUCAUACGAGAAAUUUUGGAUGAGAUGUUGGGCGUGGUCAAGGAUUACGCCACUUUGUCCUGGACUUGGUGCCCAACGGCUAUUUAUGGGCCAAAAAUUUUGGAUGAGAUGCAGGCGGAUCAGUUCAUAUGGCAGCCGUAUGACAUGGACUCGGAUGUCAUUAUGGCUUACGCCGAUGAAUUGAACCCCCAGUUGUGGAGGUCAUCCGUUCCGUUGAUAUUCUACGCAAUAGUUGAAAUGCAUCGUCCCGAACGAGUUGUUCGCCAAUUCGGGAUGAGGCAGAAUGUACCAGAAUCGACGGAUACCCGUGAUAUGAGCCUCCAUCAGAUUUCCCGUAAAAAUCACGCGGGCGCAGAUUGGUCUCUGCAACACAUACAAUACAUCAAUAGAUGGCAAAGACGAUAUGACACGGUUGUACAUAGGCCACUCAUUUCUAAUAGAAGGGAAACAGAACGAGGUUAUUGGGAGUGGUACUACAACAUAACAAGAAAUUUCGUGUCGUCAUCUACUGAUAGACGUGUGGAAAGCGGGUACCAACCUGGAGAAGCACCUAUGUUGCAAGUUGUGGGUUGA